UUCUUUCAUUCCCAAAUACAACAGCCUAAUCAUGCUAUCAUAACAUGGAGUUAACUUGUGCUUCACUCCAUGUUGCACUAGAGCUGUGUGUCAUCAGCACAUGAAAGGAAAUGUCCACUCUGAAACACAUUUGAGGCAUUUUCAUCUACUUUUGUGAGGAAGUUGCCAGUUGCAGUUUUGUGCGAUGCUGUUGAGAUGUAGAAUUUGGCCCUGAGCCAUGAUAUAGGUAGCUUUAAGGCGUUCCUGUAUGGUUAGGGAAUGUGCAGCAGAAAGGAACCCCCCCCCCAUUACAUGUACCUGCUAGCUACAACAUGCCUGUGCUGCUAAAGCCUAUCGCUAUCUACAUAAAACUUUCAGAUGAUCUUCAGGCAAAGGCUAGGAAAGGAAAAACAGCUUCUUCUGAUACCCAUAAUGGUGAAAGGGAUCAUGUAUGGGUGUGAGACAAUUUUAUGGCCUGAGGCAACAGUAGCACCAUCUGCAGCUUGCUCUUUCGCCCUCCAAAUAAAAAGUGCGAGUGAGUCAAACCCAGAAAAGAGAUAGAGAAGAAAGAAGCACAGGGUGAUGAGGAGGUUUUUCCGAGUGCAGAGAGAUGAAGAUUACGGUCAGAUUCAGUAUCUUACUGCCAAGUGCAACCGUCUGGCACAGGAGAAAGCAGCGUUGGAGAGAGAAUGUGUGUUAUCUAGAGAGAGAGUGCGGGUCCUCCAGGUAGAGUUAGAAACUGUGUGUUUGCAGCUCUGUCAGAAAGAAAACACCAUCCAGGAGCUACUUGGGAAACUCCAACACCAACAGCAUGUUGUGAGUGCAAGUGAUGCGGCUCUGUUGAGUGUUCACUUGGAGUCGAUAAGCACAGAGCUGCAAUACCUACAGUCCACUGAGAAGCAGCUAAUGGGCUUUGUGGAUGAGCUCCACCAGGAGGCCCAGCACGCAACCAAAAAGGCAGAGGGCCUGGAGGCGCAGCUCCACCAAGAAGCCCAGCUCCAUGCCAAGCAUACAAAAAAUCUACAGAAAGAGCUGGAGAGUAAGUCUCAUGACCUGCAGGAGCUAGAGAAGGCCCAUGAUGCAUUGCAGCAGGAGCUAAGUGAGCAAAACAGCACCCAUCAGAAGACAGUGUUGGUACUGCAGUGCGAAAACACAGCCAGCGUAGACAAGCUCAGGGAGAUGGCUGAGCAGGUCGAGUGGUUGUGUGAACAACAACGCAACUGGAUAUGCUGCAUCAAAAGGUUUAAAGACUGCCUGAAUGAUGAGAAGGAGGCCCUGGUUCUGCAGGUGAACAGGUUACAGGAAGAAUUGUUGGAUCUUAGAAAGAACUCAAAAUCUGAGACGAUUGGUGGAGAAGAUAUACAACCCAAAAUUGUGCAUUGCAGCAGAUGGGACGUAGAUGCCAUGUUGGAUCUGCAGGUAGAGGCAGACAAGUGGAAAGAAAGAUACAAGGAACUCUUUAGCAAAUUCUCAUCACACCAGGUGGAUUGUCAUGAGGAUGGAUACCUAAAACCACCAUGAAGUCUGGAGACUGACGUCAUGCACUAGUUGGUGAAUGGUUGCCAUAUGGCAACAGUGUGCAAUGGUGGAAAAUAUCAUUUAGUCAAAAAUAACACAAAAUAUAUGAGAUUACAAUUCUAAAUAUAAGAGAUGUAGAGUUGUAGAUUUUUUUUUUGCCACCUAGUAAGCAUGUAAAAGCUAUAUCUUCUAGAAAAGAAUUACAGUUAUAUAUAUAUAUAUA